ACAAUGCUGCGCAGCGCUGCCAACAGCGCCAAGAGGGCCGUGACGGAACUGUCACAGUUUCCCAAGGCGGGCGAGAAGCUUCAUGGCUUCACGUUGCUCCGGACCAAGCAUGUGCCAGAGCUCGAGUUGACAGCCCUUCAUCUGCAGCAUGACAAGACUGGCGCCGAACAUCUUCACAUCGCCAGGGACGACAGUAACAAUGUCUUCUCCAUCGGAUUCAAGACCAACCCUCCGGAUGACACUGGUGUACCACACAUCCUGGAACACACCACGCUGUGUGGAAGUGAGAAGUACCCGAUCCGAGAUCCAUUCUUCAAGAUGCUCCCACGCACCCUCUCAAACUUCAUGAACGCCUUCACAGCAUCAGAUCAUACCUUCUACCCCUUUGCCACUACCAACGCCCAGGACUUUAAAAACCUGAUGUCUGUCUACCUUGAUGCGACGCUGCACCCGCUUCUGAAGGAGACCGACUUUACGCAGGAAGGCUGGAGAAUAGGGCCCGAGAACCCACAGGCCAUUGCCAGCGGCCAGGAUGCCAAGCCCGAGGACCGCAAACUCGUCUUUAAGGGCGUUGUGUAUAACGAGAUGAAGGGGCAGAUGUCUGAUGCUGGGUAUCUGUACUACAUCAGAUUUCAAGACUAUAUCUUUCCGGAUAUCAACAACUCUGGUGGCGACCCUCAGAAGAUCACCGAUCUGACAUACCAACAGCUGAAGCAGUUCCACGAUGAGCACUACCACCCCAGCAAUGCCAAGCUGUUCACGUAUGGAGAUAUGCCCUUGGCCGACCACCUGCAGGAGAUUGAUGCCCAGCUCCAGGCAUUCGAGCGGAUAAGCGGGGAUAUGAAGAUUCACCAACCCGUUGAUCUUAGCGGAGGGCCCGAGGAGGUCACCCUAGAAGGGCCUGUCGAUCCGUUGGUCGAUGCCAACAGGCAGUACAAGACCUCGGUCUCAUGGGUUCUUGGGGACACAACGAAUAUUGUCGAGUCUUUCUCCCUGUCGUUGGUGUCUGCUCUGCUUAUGGAUGGAUACGGCUCGCCGCUCUACAAGGGUCUCAUCGAAUCUGGGCUAGGCAUCGAUUGGAGCCCAAACACCGGCUAUGAUAGCGGCAAUGCUCGCGGUAUCUUCUCCGUGGGCUUAACCGGCGUACAGGAGAGCGACGUGCCAAAGGUCAAGACUGAACUGCAGAAGAUCCUGCGUGAGGUGCAACAGAAAGGGUUCGAGAGGUCCAAGAUCGACGGCUACCUGCACCAACUCGAACUUGGUCUCAAGCACAAGACGGCCAAUUUUGGCAUGUCGAUGCUGCACCGGCUGAAGCCGAAGUGGUUCACCGGUAUCGACCCCUUCGACACUCUUGCCUGGAACGAGACCCGCGCUGCAUUCGAGGCCGAGCUGGCCAAGGGUGGCUAUCUUGAAGGUCUCAUGGACAAGUACCUCCUGAACGACAACACCCUGACUUUUACUAUGUCACCGUCGCCGACAUUUGGGCUGGAGCUGGUGCAAGAAGAGGCCGAUCGCCUCGCUACCAAGAUAGAGGCCGUCAAGAAGCAAGCUGGUGGCGAGGAAGCCGCUCAGAAGGCUCUGGAGGAGAGAGAGCUUGAACUGCUCGAAGAGCAAGGCAAGACAAACACCGAGGACCUCAGCUGCUUGCCUAGCGUCCACGUGAAGGAUAUACCGCGGCAAAAAACGCCGCCAGUCUUGCGAGACGAGGUGAUCAGCGGUGUAAAGACACAGUGGUACGAGGCGCCCACGAACGGCCUUACCUAUUUCCGUCUCCUGAACAUAUUGGACAACCUGCCUGACGAGCUGCGAUCGCUGGUGCCGCUCUUCACCGGGGCCAUCAUGCGUCUCGGUACUAAGGACAUGACGAUGGAGGAGCUCGAAGACUUGAUUAAGCUGAAGACAGGUGGCGUUUCCGUCGCCUAUCAUUCAGCUUCUUCUGUCACCGACUUCACACAGGCAUCGGAAGGCUUUGGAUUCACCGGCAUGGCUCUGGACCGGAACGUGCCACAUAUAUUUGAGCUUCUGCGUAAGCUGGUGGUGGAGACCAACUUUGACAGCCCGGAGGCUGUUCAACAAAUUAGGCAGUUGAUACAGGCCUCUGCGGAUGGUGUUGUCAACGACAUCGCCUCGUCUGGCCACUCCUACGCCAGGCGAGCCGCGGAGGCUGGUUUGACCAACCACGGGUACCUCAGUGAGCAGAAUGGCGGCCUGUCGCAGGUGAGGUUGAUGACCUCCCUUGCGAGCCGGGCUGAAUCCGACCGGCUCGAAGACGUCAUGGCCAAGCUCAAGCAGAUACAGCAACUGGCAAUGGCGGGUGGCAACAUUCGGGCGGCCAUCACUUGCGGCAGCGAGGCUGUGCAAGCCAACACAACCGCAUUCUCUCAGUUCCUGGGGGCCUUCUCCUCCUCUUCCCCUCUCAAGCUUCCCUCGCAGCCCACGCGCAAGUUCGAGCGCAGCAUCAAGACGUUCUAUCCCCUGCCUUAUCAGGUCUAUUACGGGGCCCUUUCCCUACCGACUGUCUCGUACAAAUCACCCGACGGCGCACCUCUCCAGAUCCUCUCACAGCUCCUCACACACAAGCACCUGCACCAUGAGAUCCGCGAGAAGGGUGGCGCGUACGGUGGUGGCGCUUAUCACCGGUCAACAGACGGUCUGUUUGGAUUCUACUCUUACCGUGACCCGAACCCGACCAAUACACUGAGCAUCAUGCGGCGUGCGGGCCAGUGGGCUGUCAACAAGCAGUGGAGCGACCGCGAUCUGGAAGAUGCCAAGAUCAGUGUGUUCCAAGGCGUGGACGCGCCUGUCAGCGUGAAUGAGGAGGGGAUGGGCAGAUUUGUGUAUGGCAUCGACGAGGCCAUGAGGCAGCAACGACGAGAGCAGCUGCUUGAUGUCACCAAGGAGCAGGUGAGGACGGUCGCCCAGAAGUACAUCGUCGAGGCGUUGGACAGGAAGGCCGAAAGGGCUGUAUUCCUCGGCGAAAAGGCCUCGUGGGUGGAUGCGGAGUGGAAGGUGGAGGACAUGAACGUCAACGGCGGCCAGGUGGAUGCUUGAUCUCCUGUGAGUGGGCGGCGACUGUACGACGAAUUCAACGACGUGCCCUGUGUUCGCUGUUCACACAAACUGUACAACAUAUCC